AUGGUCUACGCAGCAGAUCGUGAAACACCAAGAGCCCGGGCGGACUAUGCUGUGGGCUACGACGUGGUUGCAUUAUGUGUUAUUAUUAGGGUUGUCCUGUGUUUGACUGAUGGAAAACGGAAACAGGGCAAGGCCGUUUCUGAUGUUCCUCGCAUCUACUAUGCAACUCGGUUUGUGUUUUGGACGGCGCUUUCAUCCAUUGUUAUCGCCGCAUAUCAAAACUAG